CACCACCACCACCGCCACCACACCCAAACAAACGACGGCGGCCCAACUCUCCUCCAGUCCAGUUGAAUUGCUUUCUCCUGAUGCGCAACCUCAACAACACCCCGCGGCCCGUCUUCUCAUGACGACGUGGGAUUCCCGCUCCUCGAACCUCCUGAUCUAGUCUUUCUCCUUGCGCAUAUCUACCUACCGGCUACGCUGUAUAGAGUAUACGCGUUCGACCUCGUCAGCAGCCACGGCAUUCCUACCAUCUCCAACGACGACAGGCCGACACCGCCGCCGGCUCCCGGGGCGUCCGACAAGCACCCUAUCCCUGUUGUCGUUCCCUAAUAGACCUCUUCGAAUUCGACUCCGCCGGGCCAGAGUGCUGGCAGCAAAGCAGACUUGCGUGCUGCUAGCCCCCGACAUGGCUUGAGAGCGCACAACCACCAGCGAUAUUCAUUCCCAGAUCGCCAUCAUGCCAGACCUGCUGUUGCCGCCGAGCGGCCCCCCCUUGGCGCACAAUUCACAACGGGGAGAUCCGGCGUCCCGAUCCAAGACGUCGUCGAGCCGACGGCUGUCAAAACCACCGCAACCUGUCGGCCUUGCCGGCCGACUGUCGCGAACAUGCAAGAGCGCCAACGACCUCUUUCUCAGUUGGAAGGAUGGCAUGACGGUCGAGCAACGCGAAAAGGCAAAGGCACGCGACGAGAGAAGGAGCGUCCUGUGCUUCCGCAUCAAGACGGCCGACUCCUACAAGCAGUGGGAAGCCGCCGCCCAGGAGCUGGACACGCUCGAGGGCAACGACGCCUGGAAGACCGACUCCUUGUCCGGCGACUACAACCCCCAGCUCAUCCAGAACAGGCUGCAGGCCCUCGAUGACGCCCGCCUGCGAUGCGACAUCCGCGCCAUGAUGCACCUCGUCCGCACCGCCCUCUCGCGAGACCUCGGCGGCAUGGGCAACGUCGACCUCUACCGCCACUCGUACGUCGGCACCAAGAAGCUCAUCGAGCGGUACGUCGACUCGGCCAUCCAGACCAUUGACGCCGUCGUCGCGCAGAGCACCAUCGACAAGGAUGUCCAGUCCAAGGAUCUGCUCGAGGGCAUGCUCCUGUCCCGCCAGAGCUUUGGGCGCAGCGCCCUGCUGCUCUCCGGCGGCGGCACCUUUGGCAUGACGCACAUAGGCGUGCUCAAGGCCCUGUUCGAGGCCCAGCUGCUCCCGAGGAUCAUAUCCGGGGCCAGCGCCGGGAGCAUAGUCUGCGCUGUCAUGUGCACGCGCACCGACGAGGAGAUUCCCGCCCUCAUCAACGAGUUUCCCUUUGGUGACCUCGGCGUAUUCGAGGCCCACGAUAGCCAGCUCGGCGUCCUCGACCACGUUCGCCGUCUUCUGACCGAGGGCAGCUGGUCCGACAUUGCCAAUCUCACCCGGGUCAUGCGCGGCUUGACCGGCGACCUGACGUUCCAGGAAGCCUACAACCGCACCCGCCGCAUCCUCAACAUUUGCGUGUCGACGGCGUCCAUCUACGAGCUGCCUCGGCUGCUCAACUAUGUCACCGCACCCAACGUCAUGAUAUGGUCUGCCGUCGCGGCCUCGUGCUCCGUCCCCCUCGUCUUCACCUCGUCCCCCCUCCUCGUCAAGGAUCCCAUCACCGGCGAGCAUCUCCCCUGGAACCCCACCCCGCAGCGCUUCAUCGACGGCUCCGUCGACAACGACCUGCCCAUGACCCGCCUCGCAGAGAUGUUCAAUGUCAACCACUUCAUCGUCUCCCAGGUCAACCCCCACGUGGUCCCCUUUCUUGCCAAGGAUGACCAUCUCUCCCCCGACGGCCGAGCGGACAAGAGCGCAGCGAGCGCCGCCGACGAGUUUGAUUGGCCUUCGACCAUUGCGUCGCUGGCCAAGGACGAGGCCCUGCAUAGACUGCAGUUCAUGGCAGAAAUUGGCCUGUUCCCCAACCUCAUGACCAAAUGCCGAAGCGUCCUCAGUCAAAAGUACUCGGGCGACAUCACCAUCCUGCCUGAGAUUACGAUGCACGACCUGCCGCGGCUCAUGAGCAAUCCGACCUCCGACUUCAUGCUGAGGUCGUCUGUUCUCGGCGAGCGGGCAACAUGGCCGAAGCUCAGUAGAAUCAGGGACCGGUGCGCCAUCGAGCUGGCUCUGGACCGCGCGGUACAUCGUCUGCGCACGAGAGUCGUGUUUUCCGAGAGCCAAAGGGAUCUGAGGCAGCUCAGCUCCGGCAUGGCCAGCAUGCGCGUCAACAUGCCUGUGUCCAUCUCGGGUCGGCCGCCCACGGCGGGCUCCCUGGCUCCGUGGUUGACGGGACACCUGCCCAGACGGCAACGGCGCAGAUCAGGAGGGAGUGUCCAGACCAUGGCAGACGGACGGCUCGGCUUUGAUAGUAACAUCACGGACGACGACACAGCCGAGGAGGAGCGGCUGGAGAUGGUCAGGCGUCGAAGCCGCGACAGCUCGCCCACUACCCUCCGCAAGCCCAAGCUGAAGCGGGCUGCCAGAAGUCAUGUUCAUGUCCCCCAGCACCGGGCCCUCUUCACGGCCGUCUCGCCGCUGCACGACACGCAAAGUCACCCUGGGUUCAGCUUUGCCCGGCCUCUGUCGGGGGGCGAGUUUAAGGGCGCUAGGCUGAAGCCGGCUGUCUCCGUGCCAUGGGCGCCUUACGUGGAGUCCCCGCGCGGGACAGCCGCAUCUCCGACGGAUGAAGUAGAGACGAGCGAGCAGGAUCACUCCAGCGACGCGGAUGCGGAGCUCGCCACGGAAGAGAGCGACCCGGACCCCUACGAGGGACAGCAGCAGAGGGCUGGGCCGGCGAAGGAUGCCAUGGAGCAGGAGGUGGUGGCCUCGUCCUGAGGCACAUGGCCGACAUGCAUUGCAUCAUGAGCGUUUGUUUUAUUUGGUCACAUUAUAACAGUACACGCAUAGCAGGACGCGUCUUGGAUCAUACCCAGCAUUGUCUUGUUGUCUUACCGUAUCGAGAGCACUGCUUUAUUAUGCCACCCGUCACACUCGAAUGGCUUGGCGAAGCGAGAUUCUACGUCGGCUACGACGCCUUCUCCAGCACACGUCUCCUCCGCCACGCCCAACGUCAUCGCCACCGCGAAGCAGAGGGCUGCGGCGGGCGGCCCGCGCCUGCGCACCUUUAUGUGUACUCUUCUAGAAUCUUCCAAGCCCGGCACGCGCCGCCCAGACGCGACAUGACGCGUUACGUAUUGGCUCGCGGCACCCUACCCGACCCGUGGGCACGACUGUAGCCUGAGCCCCCCGAGUUGGAGGAUGUCCGGGGAGUUGUACAGUCAGUCCCUCAUUACUGUUGUCUCAUGCGAAUCUGCAGAUUAUAGAGACCUAUCAUUAUUUACAUCGUUUCCAAUCAUUAUUUACCUCAUUUUCAAUCAUUCCUUACCUCAUUAUUAACUUUAUAUUAAACCUCCGCCAUCGAUAAUGCCUCUGCGUACGCUCGAAGCCUUCGGCUUCACAAAGCGGGUUCCCAAGCCAAUUGCGCCUUCUCCGGCUAAUACCCCGUCCAGCGCCCCAGAUGCCCAAGCCCCAUCAAAGCCAGCCAUUUCCUCUUAUGAGGAUACACCAGAGCCUGCUAUAGCAGGCCAGGCCGUCGCCAUAGAACCACGGCCAUGUCCAUUUCUUCAUGUAUGCGAAGUAGCGGCCGCACAUGACUAUGGCAGUCUUACGAGUCUGCUUAAAAAGAAGUCCUGGACGCAUAUCAGAGACGCAGUCCACGCUAGAUGCGAGGACUCGUGGAAGAUUUUCGU